GCGAAGGUGUCGGUACUCCCUUAGUGUGCCAAUACCUUAGGCGAUUUCCAGCACAUCAACAGAGUCCUCAUUGUUCAGACAUGGGGAAUAGGGAAGGAAAGAUUUUUGUGUGGGAACUGCAAAGCAGCCCCCCAGUUCUCAUAGCAAAGCUAUCUCAUGCUCAAUCAAAGUCCCCAAUUAGGCAGACUGCCAUGUCCUUUGACGGAAGCACCAUCCUCAGCUGCUGCGAGGAUGGGACAGUAUGGCGCUGGGAUGCUGUAGCAAUGGAUUACUCCAAGUAGGUCUACUUAGAGUAAUAUUUAAGGAGUUUUUGCUGUCCAAUUUACUUUUGGUUGAUACCAAAGAACCUAAGCUCAAAUCUUGUAUUUAGUUGAAGUAAAAGUGAAAGUUUCAU